AUGGCUACCACCGAAGGUCCUGCUAGGGUACAUGACCGCAAUGCACGACGUCGCCCAUUUUCCAGCUGGAUGAAACGACUAGCAAACCUCAAGAGCUCCUCUGAUUCUACUUCAAAUCGAUGGCCCAACAGGCGUAACGCCGGUGCCAAGGGCAAGAAAGGCGACCAAGGCAACAACCCGUAUCCGCUCUCUGGUACAAUCAACCGUCACACGGGGAGCCAGACGCCGACCGAGUCAUACACCUACGACAACUAUGGAGAUGGCUCCCAAUCGAGGAGUGAUCCAUCCUUGGUCUCUUCGGGAUAUGAAAACCCCGCCCCCUUGACAGGUGCCAAAUCUGCUGCACCAACUAUCUCGACGAACGGCGAUGCCGGAUAUUCAGAGGCUGCGUAUUCUAAGGCUGGGACAUUGGCAACAGGAACCGAAGGAUUCAGUACACAUGGAGGAGGGGAGGGCAGCACGUUUUCGUCGCCCGCGCCGUCGGUUCGCUCGUUGGCCACUACUCUGACGACCGUGCACUCAGCGGCACCCUCGACACAACUCUACAACGCUCAGAACAGCCAAGGGAACCACCAUGGUAAUUCGACCCAAGCCAACUCGAACCAGUCCGUACAUUUCACCCACCAAUUUCCUCCAAAUUCAUCUCCGGCUACUGCUGUACCUUCGCAUUUGGUCUCACAUACCCAUGGCAUGACAUACAGCACGGCAACCGCGAACAACGCCUUGAACGACAACGCGUCUGUACUCACCCUGGCGAGCUCUUCUAAGCGCCGCCGUCGCAAUUCGUUGGACACAAAUGCAUCAGUCCGCGGGUUGGCCCCUUCCUCGGUCUUCGGUGGCAGCCGUGAAAGCCUACCGCUGAGUGUAUUGAGUGGGAACACAAAUGAAGCAUCCAACGCCUCUGUUUUCAACACAUCCGGUGUAUUGAGUCGACCGAGUAUUGUGGGUCUUGCCAGUGCUGAGCGCAUCAGUGUGUACUCCCCUGGGGCCACACCACUUGCAGCCACCAAUGCCGAACGGGGCAGCUUGUACUCUAAGCAAGUUGGUGGUGAUUCAGCGAGCAUUCGCAGUGUGGUUCAAUCCCACAGUCGAAAUGACAGCACCGCUGCGAGUGUUGCAGGGGUUGUGAGCAGUCCUCUCGCUAUGGGCGGUCGCAUGAGCCGACGGAGUUCCGGCUGGGGAGAAAUUACCGGCGAGGAAGACAACAACGAUGUUAAGCUCGACGAGAGGGGAGAAGAAUCUGAACGGAACACCGGGGAUGAUGGCGGUUCUGUUGGUGAGACCCCGAAGAAAUGA